CAUACAUUUGUGGCUUUUUCUUCAUCACCGACUGUCGAAAUAAAAGACCCCAAAUUCAUCAUUUAUUUACGAUCUUACCAUCAUCACCCUUUUGCACUUUUCGCUAUCCAAAUUAUUUUAUCACUUCACAGAGCUUGGAAGCAGUGUCGGUGGCGGAUACAAUGCUGGAGCGGUGCCUGGGAACUCGCCGACUCCGUCAGAUCCAACGUGCGUGCCGUCACGGCACCGUCACCUUCUUCUGCCUCUUCCUCACGGUGGUCGUCCUCCGCGGCACAAUCGGCGCCGGCAAGUUCGGAACCCCCGAGCAAGACUUGAAGGAGAUCCGCGACCACCUCUACUAUGGUGGCCGCCGGGUGGAGCCUCGCCGCGUCCUCGAAGAAGUUCAAACGGAAUCCAACAGCUACGCCACCUUCGACAUGUCGAAGAUCCUAGUGGACGAGGAUGUCGGCGGCGAUGAUGAGAAGCGUGAUCCAAACACACCUUACAGUUUGGGUCCCAAGAUCUCUGACUGGGACCAACAACGUGGUCGGUGGCUGAAAAAAAACCCGGAUUACCCGAAUUUUAUCGGACCCAAUAAGCCCCGGGUUCUUCUGGUAACCGGGUCUUCGCCCAAACCGUGCGAGAACCCGGUUGGGGAUCAUUACCUGUUGAAGUCUAUUAAGAACAAGAUUGAUUAUUGCAGGCUUCACGGGAUUGAGAUAUUCUACAACAUGGCACUUUUGGACGCUGAAAUGGCAGGGUUUUGGGCUAAGUUACCUUUGAUUCGGAAGCUGUUGCUGUCUCAUCCCGAGGUUGAGUUUCUGUGGUGGAUGGACAGUGAUGCCAUGUUCACUGAUAUGGCGUUUGAGGUUCCCUGGGAGAGAUAUAAAGAUAAGAACUUUGUGAUGCACGGUUGGAACGAGAUGGUGUAUGAUGAGAAGAAUUGGAUUGGUUUGAACACUGGGAGUUUCCUUCUUAGGAAUUGUCAGUGGUCGUUGGACAUUCUUGAUGCUUGGGCUCCCAUGGGUCCCAAAGGGAAAAUCAGAGACGAUGCUGGGAAAAUCCUCACUAGGGAGCUCAAGAAUCGACCGGUUUUUGAAGCUGAUGAUCAAUCUGCUAUGGUUUAUUUGUUGGGCACUGGGAGGGAGCAAUGGGGGGAUAAGGUUUACCUUGAGAAUGCUUAUUAUUUGCAUGGUUAUUGGGGGAUUUUGGUUGAUAGGUAUGAAGAGAUGAUUGAGAAUCAUCAUCCUGGUUUUGGUGACCAUAGAUGGCCACUCGUGACUCACUUUGUGGGGUGCAAGCCAUGUGGCAAGUUUGGGGAUUACCCAGUUGAGAGGUGCUUGAAACAGAUGGAUAGAGCCUACAAUUUUGGGGACAAUCAGAUUUUGCAGAUGUAUGGGUUUACCCACAAGUCACUUGCUAGUCGCAGGGUCAAGAGAGUGAGGAAUGAGACCAGCAAUCCCCUUGAGGUCAAGGAUGAGCUUGGAUUGCUUCAUCCUGCUUUCAAAGCUAUCAAGUUGCCUACUUCUUCUUGAUGGUUUCCACAGUUUAUGAUUUGCUUCCACAAAAUUUGAACCACUAUUCAUCUGCGGCCACUACUGCAGUUACGUAUAGUAUUAUAGUACACGUCAAUUCUGUAGCUGCUGUUGUUAUUCAUCUCUUUAUCUAGUGUUCAAAAUUGUAAUCUUUUUUUAUUUUGCUUUUACGGAUCAUUGUAUUAGUAUUGGGUUAUAUUGAACCUUUAGAAUAACAAAUACCCUCUCAUCUG